AUGUGUUUAAUAGACAGUGUUGAGUGAACGGAAGAAAUUUUAUAGGGUUUCGUGUGCAAUGCAUGUCUCCGAUGAUGUCUCAGAUGAUGUCUCUUCCAAUUCUCCCUUCCGAUCUUAUCAAGGAAAUCCUUUCAUGGCUCCCGGUGAAGGUUCUGGUGAGGUUGACAUGCGUUUGCAAAGAGUGGAAAUCGCUCAUCUUUGAUCCAACAUUCGCUAAACUUCACCUUGAAAGAUCACCCAAACAUACUCACACCUUACUUACCUUACUCGAUGUCGUAGAAGACUCAGAAACUUGGGUGGUAUCUCCACAGUCUGUGCGUCGUCUACUCGAAUACCCAGCCUCUACUGUCGUCAACGAAGACAAGUGUUACCGUUAUACAUACGAUAGUUUUUAUGCAAUAGGCUCGGCCAACGGUUUGGUCUGUUUGAUCGGUGAUAAAUCACUAGAAGGUGGAAACAGGGAAAUUUGUAGUGGCUUCUGGAACCCUGCUUUACGAUUGAGAUCCGAAAACUCACCAACUUUGAAUAACUUGCAUUCUGAUGCCAGUGUGCACCUUGGAUUUGGCUAUGAUGAUUCAGGAGACAAAUACAAGGUGGUGGCUGUGUUUUGGGAUCAUACAGUGCAGAAAUGGGAGGGGAGAGUUCAUUGCAUGGGUGAUAGUUGCUGGAGAAAGACUCUCACUUGCCCUGAUUUUCCAACUUUACUAGGAAGAACUAACGGACCAUUUGUUAAUGGUAGUGUUAAUUGGUUAGCACUUAACAACUUAAACUGUCAUGAGUAUGAAUGGGAAAAUGUUACCAUCGAACAGUUAGUGAUUUUUUCUCUUGAUCUGCGGAACGAAACAUCUAAGUAUGUGUUGCUACCUGACGGUUUUGGUGAAAAGCCUGAAGAUGAACCAGCUCUUGCUGUUUUUAGGGGCUGCCUGUGCCUUUAUUAUGACCACAUGAAGACCCAUUUUGUUUUGUGGGAAAUGAGAGAGUUUGGAGUUCAAGAUUCCUGGACUCGGUUGGUGAACAUUAGCUAUCUUCAAUUGGAUGAUUUUGUGCCUGAUUGGCUGCUGUUGCCGGUGUGUCUGUCGGAAAAUGGAGAUGUCCUGAUGCUGGCCUGCACACAAGAUUGGGGUGAUGUUGUUAUGUAUAAUCGAAGAGAUGGUAGAGUUGAACGUGUUGAACUUCCUAAUCCUCUAAUUUGGUAUGCGGAGGAACAUAUGAAGAGCUUAGUUUUGCCUCUUCCUCAUCCACAUUAAACUCCUAUGCAGCAAACCGCUUGUUUUUUUUUUAUAGUUUAUGUUAGAUUAUUCAAGUGUUGUAAUGACUACUGAUGGUUUCUUAAUUGUGUUUUUCUUAGCUAGUAAGACUAUUUUGUUGGAUGAUUCCAGUGCUACUUAUUGGACCAAUGUGUUUGAAUUGGA